GGAGGGUUUUCCGGCAAAUAGAGUUUGAAGUUUGAACCACACUCAGAUAGGCAUGAGGUGGGAGGGAAAGAUAUCUGUCAGGCGAGCCAACACACGUUCUAGAACAAACAACGGCGCUGGCGGUCAAGUUCUUUCCAUAUAUGAUAUGGUGAGAGAGAGAGAGAGAGAGAGAGAGAGAGAGAGAGAGAGAGAGAGAGAGAGUCAUGCAAGUUGAAGUGACACGAGGCUCCCUGAAUGAGGGUCUGGAAUUGAAUCUAUUACCAAUUGGUUUGCAGCCACCCUUGGCACCUUACUACCAAAUUUGUCUGCCCCUGAGUGAAAUUAUGAUUCCAGUCUCUCCUUGCAGUUUCAGCAUUUCUCCACUCAUCAUCCCCAAUAAAUUUCCAACUCCUGGCACACUGCCCCCUCACCUUUUACUCAGCAAUUUGCUUUCUUUGAUCUCAGUGUGUUCUUACAGAGCAGAGAGAAGAGAGCAAGAUAGUGUUCUUGUUGCAGCUUCAGCUACAAUUCUUGUGUCCGCAAUUCUCAUUUGGGUCUGUGACAACAACCUUCUUGGCCAAAAUGAACAGUCAAGGCAGCUCCUCCAACUCAUUUCCUGAGACCUUUAUGGCUGACCAUGGGAACCAUGGGAAUGAUGUCAACAAUCUUGGGUUUGUUGUGAGGAAUGCUAAACCAAUGGAGUCUGCUGUUUGUGAUCACCCUACAGUUAUAAACUGGAUGGGCCAAUAUAGUUCCAGCAUGAUUAACCAUAACCAAGUUAAUCCUCAGGAGUUAUUUGGUGGGCAUGGAUGGCUUUCUUCCAUUGGUGCUCCUGAUGGAAGUGGUCAAGGAUUUCAAGUGAGCCGUACUGGGACAAGUGUUGCUACUUAUGAAGAGGGUAGCACAUCCUUCUUGCAAGGGACCAGUUCUCGUGCUCACCAUCAGAACAUAGACCUAAAUUCAUUGCUUGAGAACAGUGAGGGUGAAGCCAAUCAGGAUAUGGGGGCAGGUUUAAGCUUGUCUCUAUAUAAUCCUGAUGGACUAGAAGCUCAUCAAAACCAACAGUCCAGCACUUCUUCUGUACCAGUCGUGAUAUCUUCUAGAGUUGCAGGAUAUGUGCUGGAGGAAAACAACAGCAGGGAGGAUCUUUCAUCGGAUGGUAGGCGGGUAUCCUGCAAAAGAAGGGAACCUGAAGAUGCUCCUGGGCUACUGUAUUUGGGUGAAAGCUCAAGACCUGCUCAGGAAUCUGGAAAUCUUGAAUGGCAUGCUCUUUCUUCUCAGGACAAUGCCAAUGCCAGCUUGAACCUAUCAAGUAUUCCUCCAAAUGCUGGUCAUCCUGAACGGUUGGAGGAUGGAAUUGGCCUUUCUAUGACCGGAGCACUUUCUGGCAUGCUCCAAACUUCAAGUGGGGCAGGACAAGAAGAAGGAUCCCAGAGGAAUAUUCGGGUAAGGAGAUCUGCAGAUCUACAAGAUUUUGUACCUCCCAGUAUAUGGUCUAGUGGGACCAGCAGAAAUUCUUACUCACAGCCACAAAGUCUACCAGCCAUGUUUCCAAACUCAAGCUCAGCAGCACCAUUACCAAUUGAUGGAACUUAUCCGGUGCAUUCUUUUGCACAUGCUCCCAACUCUUUGCAAAAUCUUCAGUCUUCACCCUGGUAUGAUUUGACUACUCCGCCUGUGUAUGCUGUCAAUGGUGGAAGUACUUUCCAGCAAGAAGAUAAUUCAAGGAGCAUGCCAAGGAACACCCUGCUUGCUCCUGAAAUUGAAGGGGGCUAUGUGGCAGGGUAUCCAACAGCCUAUCACUUAUUCAAUGGGCAUUCUAACUCUCCAGGGAACGUUGCUUCUAGCUCACAAAAUGGCACUGUUUCAGGUGUUCAUUUUCCAUACGAUCCUACUCGAGUUCCUGAACACAACAUGACCGAAGGGCGGAGGUUUUCAGAUAGUGUCAACCGUUUUAUGGCUGAAUCUACUGGUUUUGAGUGUAGAGAGCUGGGUAUUUACUGCCCACUACAUUCAAGGACUUCUGCAGCAGCUCAAGAAAUGGAUCUUUCAGUUAGAAGUGAUGUAAGCCCUGUUCAGAUCCAUCAUGCAUACGGAUGGACAACAGGACCUGAGAGACAAGCUGGUGGUUAUCCUGAAACUUUUGCAUUAGAGUUUGUUGGUGCUGCUCAAAGGACAAGCAGAUUGGUAUCUGAGGUCCGAAAUGCCAUGGCACUUUUCCACAUGGGUGGUAGCUUAUGGUUUGAGGAUGUUAUGGUUAUUGAUCAGUCAAUUUUAUAUGGUGUACCUGAGGAGGAGGAGGAUGACAUGAAUGAAGACAUGCGCCUUGAUGUUGAUAACAUGUCUUAUGAGGAAUUACUUGAUCUGGAAGAGCACAUUGGGAGUGUGUCCACUGGACUGAGUGAAGAAGCUAUUGAGGCAAAUUUGAGGCAGCAGACAUAUAACUCACUCACGUUAGGAUCUCCAGCAGAGAAUGAAUCAUGCUGCAUUUGUCAGGAGGAAUAUGUUAAUGGAGAUGAUCUCGGGAAGCUGGACUGUGGGCAUGCCUUUCACUUGGACUGUAUAAAACAGUGGCUAGUGCAGAAGAACUCCUGUCCUAUUUGCAAGCUGAGGGCCCUGGCUGUUAGGGACGGAGGUAAUUAGUUUCCGGGCUCCUUUUCCAGACUUUCGAUGAAACCAUAAAAGUGCUUUCCUGCCCUUAGGAUCACAUUUUUGAGUAUCUCCAUAGAAAUUAUCCCUUUCUGUCGUUUUACUCGACAGUUUUUUGUAGUAGCUUUUCCUCAAAAACUUCAAUUGUUCUGUGGACGGGUGACAUGCCAGGGAAUCCUUCUACCAUAGGGGAUGAGGUUUGGAACCCAAUGUCCUGUGCUUCUGUUUAUGUACUUUCACAAUCUGGCUUACAUGCAUGGGCAUAGUGAGCAGCAGUUUUCUCAAUAAGCAGCUUCAUGGAUGAACCUCAGCCAUGGAAAGUUGGGAAAUUUUGACUCUAAAAAAUGGAAACGUUUAAUGUUAAGGAUGCUUUGUUGGUUAUUAUGUUAUCUCUGCUGGAAUGAAACUAAAUUUUUGAUCUUCC